AUGCAAGAUGCUGUGUUAUAUGAAAAAUCUUCAUCUUUGUUGGCAGUAGGAAUGUUGUCUAACACAUCCAAUAAUAAUUCCUGUGGAAACACAUCGUCAUCUCCAAAAAUAGCAGACGUGGAAGGCGCUGGAGAUGAUUCCGAACGGUCGAAAUUUGGCAGUAUCAGUCCUUCUACAGGUGGUCAUAUGGGUCUUUGUGAUGGUAGCCAACAUACAGGACCUGGUGGAUCCCAUUUGCAUCAAUCGUUGCCUGUUAUGUGGCCAAAUGUCUCAACAGCUGCGCUUACUUCCAUCCCAGAUGAAACGUACUUUUCAAAUUCUCAGACACAUGCUUUGAAUAACGGUGGAAUGUCAUACCAGCAGUUUCAAGCAGCAGUGUCCAUGGACUCUUCCACGGCUAUGUACCACUCCUGUGUUGCAUUUACCUCGAAUCCAACAACUGGCACAGUGCUGUCUCAGCAGGGUCGAAGAGCCAUUACCGGCCACAGUAGUGCUAACAGUUUUCCAAAACAGCAGACCGCACUUAUGGUCAACACUUGCAGCAGUCCUAAAAUGUUGCCUAACUGGAAUCACUCUCAACAAGCAGCAUGGUCUCCCCAGCAGCCUCUUGCAUCCUUAUAUCCCCCAUGGAGCGUUCAGCAACGUAGGUCAGUACCUAACAUGAAUGUACUGGCAUCAGCACCACCUGUGAAAAAGCCAACUCUUCAGCAGCAGUUGCAGCAGUCACCAUUUAUUUCACCAACAAAAUUUCGAAGGAGCACAUCUUUUCCAGGACAGAUUCAAGCCUCUGUUGGAGCCAAAAACCCUUAUGAUUUUUCUGCUUUUGAUGAUGCUCUCUUUCAGAAUCCUACAAAUCAGUAUGACUCGGUGAAGUUUCCAAUUUUGGAAAACCAGUUGCUUAACAUUAUGAAGAAUACAGCUCUUGAUGCUGAAGGAGUUCAUAUGCAUGGGGAUAAUCUCAGAGUUUCUGGGAAAAUGCCAUACUUGGUUGAAGACUCAACAAUUGAUGAGGGCACCCUUGAUCAGAAUGUCACCAGUCUGACUGGUGCACCCCAGCCAUCUCCUGGUUCUCAAGGAAUUGAUCGUAUUGAGAGAUUUUCUAGAAAGGUGUUUGUAGGAGGGCUGCCUCCAGACAUUGAUGAAGAGGAAAUCACAACAGCUUUUAGAAGAUUUGGUGCCCUGGUUGUUGACUGGCCUCAUAAAGCAGAAUCUAAGUCAUACUUUCCUCCAAAAGGUUAUUGUUUCCUGAUCUUUCAAGAUGAGCUAUCAGUGCAGAGUUUGAUUGAAUCAUGUCUGAUGGAUGAUGAUAAAUUAUAUUGGUGUGUGUCCAGUCCCACAAUGAAGGACAAACCUGUUCAGAUUCGCCCAUGGAGUUUAAGUGACUCUGAUUUUGUUAUGGAUGGCUCUCAGCCAUUGGAUCCCAGAAAAACUAUCUUUGUUGGAGGAGUUCCACGACCACUAAGAGCAGUUGAACUGGCAAUGAUCAUGGACCGCUUGUAUGGAGGAGUUUGUUAUGCCGGCAUCGACACUGACCCUGAGCUGAAAUAUCCAAAAGGGGCUGGAAGAGUUGCUUUUUCUAACCAGCAGAGCUACAUAGCAGCAAUAAGUGCUCGAUUUGUACAGCUGCAGCACGGAGAUAUUGACAAGAGGGUUGAGGUGAAACCUUAUGUUCUAGAUGAUCAGAUGUGUGACGAAUGCCACGGCGCACGAUGUGCUGGCAAGUUUGCACCUUUCUUUUGUGCCAAUGUGACCUGUUUACAGUAUUACUGUGAGUACUGCUGGGCACAGAUCCAUUCACGGCCAGGGAGAGAAUAUCAUAAACCCCUUGUAAAGGAGGGAGCUGAUCGUCCCCGUGCUAUUCCUUUUCGUUGGUGUUAG